UCAGUCGUUCGUUUCUCUUUAUAAGCUAGUUUUUUCCACGGUACCCGAUCUCAGACCUAGGGUUUUUUAGUUUUGGAAAGUUUCCCUCGCCGUUCUCAGGUUAAAAGCAAGGCGCUAUGUCUCAUCGCAAGUUUGAGCACCCUCGUCAUGGUUCUCUUGGGUUUCUUCCCAGGAAACGAGCCUCUCGCCACAGAGGAAAAGUGAAAUCCUUUCCCAAGGAUGAUCCUAGCAAGCCGCCUAGGCUAACUGCUUUCAUGGGAUACAAGGCAGGGAUGACGCAUAUCGUCAGAGAAGUAGAGAAACCUGGAUCAAAGCUCCACAAGAAAGAGACUUGUGAAGCAGUUACAGUUAUUGAGACACCCCCAAUGAUUGUUGUUGGUGUUGUUGGUUACAUUAAAACUCCUCGCGGCCUUCGCUCGCUGAACACUGUUUGGGCUCAACAUCUUAGUGAGGAAGUGAGGAGGAGAUUUUACAAAAACUGGUACAGGUCCAAGAAGAAAGCUUUUACCAAGUACUCAAAGAAGUAUGAAACUGUUGAAGGGAAAAAAGACAUCCAGAUUCAGUUGGAGAAAAUGAAAAAGUACGCAACUGUUGUGCGUGUUUUGGCUCACACCCAGAUUAGAAAGAUGAAGGGCCUGAAGCAGAAGAAGGCUCACCUGAUGGAAAUUCAAGUCAACGGUGGAGAUGUUGCCGCAAAAGUAGAUUAUGCGUACAGCUUUUUCGAGAAGCAAAUUCCUGUUGAUGCUAUUUUCCAGAAGGACGAGAUGAUUGAUGUCAUAGGAGUGACAAAAGGAAAGGGUUAUGAAGGUGUUGUUACCCGUUGGGGUGUGACCCGGCUCCCUCGCAAAACCCACCGAGGUCUUCGCAAGGUUGCUUGUAUUGGUGCGUGGCAUCCAGCUAGGGUUUCGUUCACUGUGGCAAGGGCUGGUCAGAAUGGUUAUCAUCACCGAACUGAGAUGAAUAAGAAGAUUUAUAAGCUAGGGAAAGCUGGAGAUGAGUCUCAUCAGGCCAUCACUGAAUUUGACAGGACUGAGAAGGAUAUUACCCCAAUGGGAGGCUUCCCGCAUUAUGGUAUGGUGAAGGAUGACUAUGUAUUGAUCAAGGGGUGCUGUGUGGGCCCAAAGAAGAGAGUUGUCACCUUGAGGCAAUCUCUGCUGAAACAAACUUCGAGGUUGGCAAUGGAGGAGAUCAAACUCAAAUUCAUAGACACAUCUUCGAAGUUUGGCCAUGGUCGUUUCCAGACUACAGAAGAGAAGGCCAAGUUCUAUGGAAGGCUCAAGGCUUAAUUAUGCCAGAAUUUUUUUUUGGUGGCGCGGGGUGGUCAGUUGGGAGCUUCUUUUAUUUCAGUCUAGAAAACUCAGGCAUCUGUUUGUUACGUUUUGAGGACUGUCUUUUGCUUUGCUUGUAGGAAACUAAUUUUGCUUUUAGCUAUUUGUUUUUUCGUGUGUUAUUCGAUGCCUAUUGAAAUCUGCAUGCAAGUGGUUUGGCUUUUUGGCUCA